AAUCCGUCCCUGAGCAGACCGUAUUUACUGGUGUGCCCAAUAUAUUGCCAUUAAAGCACAUACAAAAAACUAGAAUAAAACACUUUUAGUAUAAUACGCAUAUAUGUUGUAAAAUAGUUUACUUCAAUGUUAAAUUCCCAAAAACGAUGAGCACUUAAUCACAAUAAAUUUGUAUGAUUUUUAUGACUGAAUAGUAUGCUUGAGUAUGCUUGCAAUAAUUAUAAUAAUUACCACUACUGAAAUCUCGUUUUUAGGACACGUGAAUAGUAAUGCUCCAAUUUAAAUGCAAGAGUAGCAGAAAACUGUACAGGCAAUCACUGUACAGGCAAUCACCACAAUAGUCAACAGGUAAGACACAAAAAAAGGGGGAAAAAAAUCAUUUUACCUAAAAGUUUCGAUAAACGUCAUUAUGGGGGCCGUGAUUUCCCUGAGAGAUCGGGUGUAUUUAAAGGGCUGAAAUAGUGAGCUGCACUGUAGUAAACACAAUCUUCUGUACAUCCGACGGCGGGCGGAAAAACCGCAAAGACCUGACCUUAAGGCGAUGCAGACUGUGGUGUUGACGUCAGUGGCUCUACUCGCGGCGCUGUGCAUUCAGUGCCUCGGGGAAUCGCGGGGAGUUAAGUGCUUCAGGCACAACGUGUCGGACAAGAUGCUUGAACAGCUCUCAACAGCUGUUCACCAUGUGAAAAACUCUCUUCCAAGAGAUGACAAUAAGCACAAGAAACUUCUACCAAAAUUUACAGGUACUUUGAAGAAACCAAAGGGAUUAUCACUUAUAAAAGAGAUGUUGGACUUUUACUUGAAUGACGUGUUCAGCAAUGAGUCACUGAACACCAGGGACAAUGAGAAAAUACAGAUUAUUCUGUCGAGGAUGGUAAACGAAGUUAGCCAGUGUCUGAGGAUGCAUCGCAGUUCCCUCUCCUCAAACGAGCGAGAUAAGAUUCAUCAAAUGAAACAAACAUUUCGUCAGCUCGAGACAAACGGUAUGAAAAAGGCCAUAGGAGAGUUUAAGACCGUUCUGGUCUGGAUACACAUCUACAUGCACCACACAGGAAAAUCCGGAAGGAAAAGGCAGUAAGGACCACUGGUGGCAGCGUGUGCUGCAGGCUGCGACAAACACCUGCACCACGCAGUCGGUGCUUUGAUCGUAUUGAUAACCUCCAUUUGGAAACCGAGGACAUCAACCCUCUACAAUUCACUUCCUUCCAGACAUGAUGCUGAACUGUCAAAUCAUCUUCUGUCAAAAGCACGAUUUCAGAGUAUUUUUCAAUUAUUUAUAAAAGUAUUUAUUGAGACAAAUGCAUACAAGGGAAACCCUAUGGAAUGGAAGCUACCUCAACAUGCCAGCGAAAGAAGCCAAACACCAUCGUCAGUUAAGGAAGAGCAGAGCUGGAUUUUGGAAUCAUCCCUCUUCUAAGCGCUUCAUCAUCCUCAGGGACAUUGGAGACCUGGAGCUUGUGCCAGGCAGCAUAAGGCAGAAUGCUGCAGUACACCCCGGACAGGAUGCUGUUCCGUUGCAGGGCACAAAUACACCCUCACGUACAGAGUUAUAUUUUAUCCACAAUUUAGAGAUGAAAAUUAGACUCUGAGAAUUACCCACUGCAAACCCAGGGAGAGCAUGCAGACUCCACGAAAACCCCCAACAUUGGAGGCAACGGUCCAGCCCACAGUCAUCAUGCUGACCCUGGAGGUACAUCGGUGCUUAUCCCAGAGAGCAUCAUUCACAUCAGGUUCUGAGUUUCCCUGCUGCCUCCAGGCUCAGUGAUUUGGUACUGGAUAAGUGGUUAUAGAGGAGAAAUGGAUGGAUAGAUGGAGGGAUGGAUAAAUGGAUGGAUAGAUGCAAUAAUGUUUGAUUAUUUAAAUACAAAAUGGUUUUUAAAAACAAAUCUGAUAUAAUUGAAAUAUGUUAAAUGAAUUUCUAAUAUUCACCACCCAGAUGUUUCUUGAUGUAUUAUGCAGCAAAAUCAAAAACAUUUUCAAAUGAAGUAUUUUUUUCAUGGUAUCUUAAUGUAUAGUAAUAAUUUAUUUUUUUUUCUUUAAGUUUAAUAUAUUA